AUGAAAUGUUAUGAAAAAUCUCUAAAAAUCAAUUCUAAUAAUUAUAUCGCAUGGAAUAACAAAGGUAACUAUGGUUUAAAAAAACUUAUUAGCUUCAGCAUUAGAAAAUUUAAAUAUGUAUUAAGAAGCUAUUGAGUGUUUAGACAGAGCCAUAAAAAUUAAUCCUAACAAUGAUAUCUCAUGGAAUAGCAAAGGUAAUAAAAUGUAAAUAUUAUUAUUUAGGUUCAGCAUUAAACAAAUUAAAUAAAUAUGAAGAAGCUAUUGAAUGUUAUGACAAAUCUAUAGAAAUUAAUCCUAAUAAUGAUAUAGUAUGGAAUAACAAAGGUAAUAAUAUCAUGAAUAUUAAUAUUAAGGUUCAGCAUUAGAAAAUUUAAAUAAAUUUUAAGAAGCUAUUAAGUGUUAUGAGAAAGCUAAAUAAAUUAAUCCUUAUAAUGAAAAGUCAUGGAUUAACUUAGGUAAUAAAAAUUAAUAACAUUAUUUAGGUUCAGCAUUAAUAAAAAUAAAUAAGCAUUAAGAAGCUAUUGAAUGUUUAGACAGAGCCAUAAAAAUUAAUCCUAACAAUAAUAUCUCAUUGAAUAGCAAAGGUAAUAAAAUGUUGUGCAUUAUGAUUUAGCUUUUGCGCUAAAGAGUUAAAAAUAACUUUAAGAAGCUAUUAAUCGUAAUAACAAAUCUACAAAAAUCAAUCCUCUUAUUGAUAAUGAAUUGAAUAACGAAAGUAAUAUAAUUUUAAAAAUGAUUUAAAGGUUUUGCUUUAAACAAUUAUAAUAAAUUUUUAAAAGCAAAUGAUUUUUUUGAUAAAGCCAUAUAUAUUAAUCCUAAUAAUGCUGUUACAUGGAAUAACAAAGGUGAUAAUUUAUAAAAUAUUUUUUAGGGUAGGCAUUAAAGAAUUUAAAUAAAUUUUAAGAAGCUAUUGAGUGCUAUGAAAAAUCUAUUGAAAUAAAUCGUUGUAAUGAUAUGGUAUGGAAUAACAAAGGUAAUAAAUUUUAAAAUAACAUCUUUAAGGUUCAGCAUUAGAAAAUUUAAAUAAAUUCUAAGAAGCUAUUAAGUGUUAUGAGAAAGCUAUAUAAAUUAAUCCUUAUAAUGAUAAGGCAUGGUUUAACAAAGGUAAUAAAUUUUAUAAUUCAUAAAUUAGGAACAGCAUUAAACAAUUUAAAUAAAUUCUAAGAAGCUCUUGAGUGUUUAGAAAAAGCCUUAAAAAUUAAUCCUAACAACGAUAUAUCUUGGAAUAAUAAAGGUAAUAAAAAUGUUAAAAAUAUUAUAAUCUAGGCUUUGCGUUAAGAAAUUUAAAUUAAUUUUAAGAAGCUAUUAAGUGUUUUAAUGAAUCCAUAAAAAUUAAUCCUAAUAAUGAAAAUACAUGGAAUAACAAAGGUAAUCAAAUGUUAUACAAAUUAUUGUUUAGGUUAUACAUUAAAUAAUCUAAAUUAAUUUUGUGAAGCUAUUGAAUGCUUAGAUAAAUCUAUAAAUAUUAAGUCUACGAAUGAUACAGCAUGGAAUAACAAAGGUAAUAUCUCCUAGAAAAUAUUUUUUAGGUUAUGCAUUAAACAAUUUAAAUAAAUUCUAAGAAGCUCUUGAGUGCUUAGACAAAGCCUUAACCAUUAAUCCUAACAAUGACAUGGCUUGGAAUAACAAAGGUAAUAAAAUGUUAAAAUUAUCAUUUAGGUUUUGCAUUAAACAAUUUAAAUUAAUUCUAAGAAGCUAUUAAGUGUUUAGAUAGAUCAAUAAAUAUUAAGCCUAAUUAAUAAUUUGCAUUUUUUAAUAAAGGUAAAAAAUAUUUAUUCAAUACAGGUUUUGCACUACAUCAAUUAAAAUAAUUUUAGGGUGCAAUUGAAUGUUAUGAAUAAGAUCUUACCAUCCGUAUAAAAACUUAAACAUUGAGAUAUAAAGGUAAAUCAUUUAUUCAAUUUUAGCUGAUGCAUUAUUUGAAUUAGGUAAGAAAUAGAAAGCUAAAGAAUGUUAUUUAGAAACUUUGAAACAUGGAUCAAAUGAACAUGAUUACAUUAUGAAACAGUUAUCAAAAUUGUGA